CGAAAACUGAGUUCGAAGAGAUGGACGAGUCUUUUAUUUCUCUCGCGAAAUAUAUAUACUGGCCUUCAAAGUCAUUAAUACCUAUAUAAACUCGAAUCUUUUUUCUGUUAGAUUUGCCAUUCCGAUCCUUUCAUCGCCUAUUCUUUCCAAUUAAUUAAACGUUUCUUCUAAGCCUGUAUAAUUUAAAGCUUCUUGAAGACUUUAAGUUUUCAGCUCAGGAAUAUCAUCUUUUUCUCCUGAAUUUGUCUUCUUUUUCAGUUAUCUUGGAUCUCUAACCAGCUUUCCUUGGACAGUAGGAUCUGAAAAAUAAACCAGCAGGGUUUUUUGGGGUUACCACCAGUAGCAGCAGCAGCAGCAGCAGCAGCAGCAGCGGCAGGAGGAGUAGAGAGAGAGAGAGAGGUGGGGCUGGGCUGGCUGUAAGGCUUUAAUCUGGAUAGUAAGUGGAAUCAAGAAAAGGAAAGAAAUCCACCACUGGACAUGCAAAUAUGGAACCAAAAAUGGGAAUGAAGGGCAAAGGAAUAGAAGGAGAAAUAGUACAAGUUCAAGGCGGUCACAUUCUUCGGUCAACUAGCCAGAAGGACCGGCACAGCAAGGUCUACACCGCGAAAGGCCCGAGAGAUAGAAGAGUUAGGCUUUCUGCUCAUACCGCAAUACAAUUUUACGAUGUCCAGGACAGGUUAGGCUACGACCGGCCUAGCAAGGCAGUUGAUUGGCUAAUUGAAAAGGCGAAAGACGCCAUUGAUAAGCUAGAUGCGCUACCCCCUUGGCACGCGAACGACACUUCAGUAGCUCAAAAUUCAGAAUCUAAUCCUAGUUCAAGUGGGACAAAAGUUAAAAUUCAAUCAGACUCUUCGUUUAUUCAACCCGAAUCUGACACGGAAUUCAUGAACACGAUGAAAUCUUUCUUCCCAACAAGUUCCAGUGCAGCUUCUUUAAUGAAUUUUCAGAAUUUUCCACAUGAUAUAAUGUCCAGAGCCUCAUUUCAGGCUGAAGACCUUGGUCUUUCACUUCACACUUUGCAAGACCAAAAUUCGAGGCCUUCGACUAAUCCAGACCCAUCUGGUUCUACAUUUCAGGAUAAUUAUCAAAAAAUGGAUAGUUGGAGUGCCAAUGGAAGUGUCGAAAAUAGGGUUGGAUUUCAUAUUGACUCACACACAGUCCCCCAAGUCCAACAAGCAUUUAUCUCCCAGGACUUGCCAUUUUCUAAUAGGGAACUCCUUCAAUCCAAUUACUCAAACUUUAUUCAGCAUAAUCAACAGCCAAGUGUUCACCAAUCUUCAGAUUCUGGUAGCCAUUUCGCUUUCGGUUUUCAAGUUCCAGCUCGAAUUCAUGGAGAAGACAAGCCAGAAACUCAAAAUUAAACGAAGACAAAUUCAUUUCCAUCAUCAGGACUUUUGUUAAUUGGGAUCUCAGCCUCGAAGAUUUUUCAGGAACUCAACAGCAAAGUAGAAAAGUUCAUAUGGCUCAAGUUAUUUUAGGCAAUUGAUUUAUGUUUUGACUCAAUAUUUUGUGCUUAUUUUGUUAUCAUGUCCUCCAUUUACAAUUUUGCAGUCAAAUUUCUUUAUUUAAUUUUCUGUACGUACCAAGAACCAGGAUUGAGUUCAGCUCGCAUUUGCCUUUUUUC